AAUGGCCUCAGGAAAUAAGGAUACCUCAACUUCACCAACAAAGGAAUCGGAUUCCUUCCACAACCAACUAUUCUUGUUCUGCUGCCAAACGAGAUUCUGCAAUUUUCUAAUCCUGCUCCUCCUUAGUAAGAGCCAUACUUCAUAUCAUCCGUAUGUAUGAAUCUCGAGCGGUUUUGAUCGGUAGCAUCUUUCUCUGGUACGAUUUAUUUGGUGGUUCCCGCCUCCGCCGCAUCUUCAGGUAUUUGCCUGCUGUACCCCGGAUCUGAUCCGUCACUUUCCGCGACAUCCUCAACAAUCAAAUCACGAUUCUCAUAACAUAAGGAGCAGGAUCUUCUCGCUGAAUCUUCUCUAAUCGGGCCCCACAUAUCUGGGUUUGUUUUGUGAUGUCCUGUGGCUAUCCUGAUUUCCUGCGCGCAGCUAUUUAUCAAUAGUAUGGCAGGGGCUAGCAGCGCGUAUGCGAGUUUCAGAGUCAGCUCCGAUUUACCUCAGUACUCAGACGAUGAUGAAUUUCUAUCAAGUGCGAGCACAACAUCCGACGGGAUUGAGGAACAUUUUACGGGAAAUAAGCAAUCGGCGCAAGAAACCAUGAUGUUGCCAAGGAGGAAUAGUCAAGAGAGAGCCCUAGACAACUUCUCAACAGAGUCAUCUUCGAACAGGUUUAAGGGUGAGGAUGAUGAGGGGUCCGCAGUGAAAGCGGCGGAAAACCGCUCGAUAUGCGGUAGCGAAGCUAUAGGUGUGAAAAAACGGCCUCUGCAUUUGCUUGAUCUACCCAUGGAUGUGCUGCAGGUGAUCAUUAAAGAAGUGACGCAUACCAACGACUUGACGUCACUAGCUCUGACAUGUUCCAGUCUGCACUCUCUGGCCAUUCCCCAGAUGUACUCUCGGUUUGAUAUUGUAUGGCCAGACAAUGCAUCGGUAUCCUCUCAUCCUGCGGGUGUCGAUGCUCUUUCCUACGGUUUGGCGACAUUAGUAAUGAGCGAAGAUAUUUUCCACGAACUCCCUCCCCCCUACCCUCCUGCGGCACCCUGUCCUCAUUGCGGCUGUAGCGCCCAGCAUGUUCGACAAUCGUCCAUACAUGAGACAGCCUCCGUGCGAAGAAUACGUCGAGGGAAUCACUAUGCGCAAUAUACACGCAAGUUUUCCGUGGGUAAUGGACCGCCGGAGUGCGUCCAGGAGUACUCUGUGACGAAAGAAACAGGCAAAAUGCUGGGAACUUUGGUGGCUUUGGCUGUCGCUCGCAUGAUCAAUCUAGAAACGUUCGCUUGGGAUAUGCCGACUGGGGUCCUGCGCGACGUUUGGAUUGCGCUGUCAUCUCUAGCAGGCCGACCCGGACAUGAAUGCCGUUUAGAGCGCAUUUGGGUUCGAUGGCACGAUAACUCCCAAAACGCAAUAAUGCGCUCAGCCCCGACAGCAUCAUCCUUGGCAUUACCGGACACACAGUCUCCCUUUACCUCUCUACCCGCUGGAUUACCACGCCUGCAAAAAUACGCGCAUGUAGAAUACCCCACCCUCUCGAUCUUACCCCCGCUAAAGAGCUUGAAUGUUCUUGAUAUAGAUGAGCCAUCGUAUCUCGAGGAAAUGGCUAUACUCAUUGAGCGCUCGCGGGCGCGAUUAAAAGAGCUACGCAUAGGUAUCUCCUCGAGGGUCUACCAAGCUGACUGGCUAAAAGCGCUAGGAGGCUGGUCCCCUGUGCAACAUGGUGCAUCCAACCCUCUGGUAUCCGGUUGGCCUAAAGUUGGCGGCGUUCUUGGAGCCCUCCUCGGCAAAUCGAACAACCAUUUCCCCUCUGAAUUAGCAGCAGAUCAGCCUUGCUUGAACGAGGCAAAAUCCGGUCAGCAGGAUGGUCAUCAGGGGCCUAACAGUGUGAUUUCACCGGCUGGGGAUGUUGCUAGCAAUGGUGCGUCUAGUGGAAAUUUGGUUGCACAACUGGUGGUUACAGUGUCUCCUGAGCAUUCUCCCAAAGCGACUGGCUCUCCUGAGGUGGAUAGUGUAGCAUCUCCCCAAGCGACCGAGCAGCCACGUCCUACGCAGCCAUCGAGGAUUGACGAUCUGCCAGAGCUCUCAAACAAGUCCUUGGGAGUUAACAGUUCUAUGACAUCCGCCACAGGCACUAAUUCUAAGUCUGACAGAUUGAAAUUAGAGGUCUUGGAAUUAGAGCGCGUUUCGUUGUCUAUCCCGGUCAUGAUACACACAAUUGACUGGUCGCGGCUUACGACGCUCACAAUCCUUCGCUGUGAUGGUCAUGAGAAGCUUUGGAAGGCCCUUCGACGCCAAUUUUCGCCGUCGGCGACACUACGCUCUAGCCCCAGAUCAGGGAAGGGAGACGUAGCGUCGGAGUAUUUUCUAAGACUCAAGCAUAUUCACACAGAUACUGUAUCCGCAUAUCUGUUGCUCUUUAUCAAGGAGGCCAUUGCGCCUAAUACACUAGAGACCCUAUUCCUGCAUGAGGCCCCGAUGUACGACUCUAUGGUCCAAGUUGAGGCGAUCUAUCGAACUGUGAUCCGUAAUCACCGAACCAGCUUGAAGCAUAUCCUAGUUGAUAGUGCAGAUCGGUCCCUUGGUGGCCAUAAUAUGGGAAUUAAUCGCUGGCGUAAAUGGAUGUUCACUCGGGAAAUGAUUUCCUUCAUCACUAGCGGCCGUAUGCCGCGGCUGCGAGAAUUGUCUAUGACAAUCCAUUCCAAGGACUGGCAUUACUUUCUCCAACGGCUUCCCAAUAUCCCCCAACUGCGCGCCCUUCACGUCCCUUAUAUCACCCAUCCUAUUCAUCGGGACCCAAAAGAACUCGCCCUGCAGAUUCUUGAUAUUGUUACCAUCCGCCCGGAGGUUGGGAUCAGUUACAUUGGGAUGCAAAACAAGUGCUACGAGAUCCUUGAAGGCAAGCGCGGAGAGAAAGAUGACUUCGACGAUGCAGACGACAGCCACAGCGAAGGCUUUGUGCCGGGAAGCGAGGACUGGCCUCCCUCCGAUACAAAUGAUGAUGAUUCUGAUGAUGACGGCGCUGUUAGCAUUAUGGAAUCAAGCUCGGAGCUAUCGUCAGAUGACCGCAGUUCAUCAUAUGGAGAUGAUUCUGAUCUUGAGAGCAGCAGUAAAUCGCGCAUGGCAUUCCGGCUACGGGAAAUUCUUUUUUAUGACGAUAAGAUCUCUAUUUUUAAGGCACGGCAUGGAGUUCUAUGAUCUACACGUCUGUUUGUUGUCACUGGCGAGGUGUUGGGUGAUUUGAUUGGACUUUUUGUUCUUCCUUUCCGCCACUACUAUUAUUGUAUGAGAUACCACUUAACUGGGCUGUGGCAGAAUCGAGUCCAUGUUUCUGUCUAUCUUCUGGAUACUGGCGUUAUGUUGCAUGUUUCGGGGUUAUAUCAUUGCAUGAGAAUGAACGCUGCUAUACUGCAUAUUUCUAUGUAUAAACUUGGUAUGCACGUCGAUAGAGGCUGCACCACUCUGGAUUCCCUUGCCGACUGGAUGCCGCCGCGGCUACAUUAUGUAUGGGAGUAGUAGAGAAAGCUCGUUGAAAGAGCAACUUCGGGUUGCUUAAACGCCUAUGUAUUAGGGGUUAAGAACAUAUAUUCGAGCUCGUUCUGUAAGAACUGCCAAAAACAAGUCCUGGACAGAAAGGAUUUCUUUGUAUGUUUCCUCUUAGUGAUGAAUGUGCGAAUAC